UUUAUUUGAUGUGAAAGGCUGUUAACGAGUUCAAUGACUUUAUUCUGAAAGAUGUGCCCGGAAAUAGAUUUAUGCCAACACAACUUGACAGCGUAUUAGAAUUUUCUAUGAUUUAGCGCAGUCUAUAUACUAUAAAACCACUCUAUUUGAGACUUUGAAAGAGUAGCAGUAGUAAAUAAGCCCAAACUGUGCGUACAGCCGCUUACACCGAUAUUAAAAUAAAAUAUUGGAGUCGUGUGCGUGAAAAGAGAGAAAAGACCCGCUGGGCGUCCAGAAAGGAUUCAUCAAGGUGAGCCCUCACUUAGGGGCCAGUCAAGAUAAUUGAUCGGAGACUAAACCAGUUAAAGCAAGGGACAGCAGAGAGGGGUCAGUGGCAGAGCUGUCACUUUCUGUGUGCGCGCGUACGUGCGCGCGUGUGCGCGCGGAGAGAGGGAUUACCAGUACGCGCGUUAUGCGGAGCGCAGUUUUGGCGAUGCGCUCAGUCAGGAGAAGUGCGCAAGGCAGCCGCGAGCGUCGCAUCGGACAUUAAACGGCACAUUCGCAGCAGUCGUCGGAGGGAAGGAUCCGGUAGGUUUGGUGACACCAACUCUACACGUUACGGUGUGUUUUAUUCAUUUUGAUGAAUGCUCCUUUAUCGGUGCAGAAUGAAAGUCGAAGAUGCGCACCGCUGAACAAAGGAUUUAGGGGGAAAACGACCAAGAAUCCUUGGGGGGGUUCGUCCAAGCCCACUCUCCCUGUGAGGACAUCUGAUACGGGCUGAUUGGGGUUCCUCUCGUUUCAAAGCUGGAGCAACGGGAAUCCUCUGGGUCUAUCGUGUACGAGUCCAUGUGGAUGGAGAGAGACUACGAGAGGGGCUCAUUCCGAAAUGUGACAUUUUGACUUCCCCAGUCUCCCAUCAAACCUGACAACUGUGCAUCUACCUUUGCUAUCGACCGGAUCGGUUUACGUCGAUUAAGAGAUGGCGCCCGUCCCGCUCUUGCUCCUGCUGCUGCUGACCGUCGCCCCCCGUGCAGACGGUCAAGACUCCGAUGACGCCGAGGUUCUCCCGAGAGGCUGCGGAUGGGGCCUCGUGCGUCCCUACACGCUCCUCUGCGACCUGGACUCCAUAUGGGGUGUGGCUGUCGAAUCGGUUGCUGCCGGCGGGGUGUUGACCGCCCUCCUGCUGGCCCUGAUCCUGCUGUGCCGCUUGCACCACAUCAGUGAGGCCGAGAAGCGCAGCGGCGUGGGACCCCUCCUCCUGCUGCUCCUCGGCGUUCUCGGCCUGUUCGGCCUGAGCUUCGCCUACCUGAUCGAGCAGGAUGAGUUUCUGUGCUUGCUUCGCAGGGCCCUGUGGGGUCUCCUGUUUGCCGUCUGCUUCUCCUGCCUGCUGGUGCAGGGCGUCCGCCUGCGGAGGAUUGGCCGCGAGCGCCGCAGCCCCGGAGGCUGCGCCCUCACGGGCCUCGCGCUGGGCUUGAGCGCCGUACAGGGCAUCAUCGCCGCCGAGUGGCUUCUUCUCACCGUGCUGAGGGAGGGGCGAGCCGCCUGCCAGUACCUGCCACUUGACUUUUCACUGGCCUGCAGCUACGUGCUGGCCCUCCUACUGGCCGCGCUGGCGGCCGCCUCCCUCGCCCUGUGCGGGAAGACGCGUCAGUGGCGCUGCAACGCGGUGUGGCUGCUGGUGACCUGCCUGCUGUCGUUGCUCCUGUGGGUGGCCUGGGUGGGCUUCUAUCUGUACGGCAACGCCUGGCUGGGGAGGUCCCCAGAAUGGGACGACCCGGCGCUGGCCAUUGCUUUAGUCGCUCAGGGUUGGCUGCUGCUGAUCUUCCACGCCAUUCCUGAAUCCCACAUAUGCCUGAGGCCCCCUCCGCAGCCAACUGCCCCCGAUUACUUUGACACCUCCCAAAACUCGACACGGAUGAGGGAGACCAGCUUCGACGAAGACAUCCCUCUCUCUCACAGGCAGUUUGUGGAGAACCAGGGCUACGGAUUCAGCGACGAGAACACUGCAGGCUUGAGGAGCGCUGCCGGCGCCGGGCCACACAACAGCAACACUGCCACCAGGCCCAGCGCUCCUUUCCGCAGCAACGUCUACCAGCCCACCGAGAUGACCAUGAUCCUGAACGGGGGAGCGGUGAGUACAUCCUCCCAGUCCCAGGUGCCCUCCGCCCCUCCCACCUACACAGGGAGGCAGCUGUGGUGAGUGGGAGGAUUGAAAGAAGAGGUGUGGUAGAAGAUGAAGAAGAGGAAGGAGAGGGGUGGGGAGGGAGGGGCCCGGAACGAGGGGCCCGUCAGGUUAAAUUGGACUUAAAUCACGGAUGCCCAACAGGGCUGUAACCCUCUGUGUGCAGACUCAAACACUGACUGUGUGCCAAUCAACUGUUGUGUGAGUGUGUGUACGUUUGAGAGGGCAUGGAGGACAGAGCUAAAGCCCUUCUAGCACACAAACAUAGAAGGGUUCAAAAACUUGAAAUGUGACCAGCCAGUAGGGAAACAAAACACAUGCUGACUCAGAUCUGAAAACAUCAAAUUGCUGUAUACUUUUUCAUUUUGUUCCAUUUUGUUCCAUUUGCUCCCCUGAGACUAUACAGCACUGUAAGCAUCAUAGAAAAACUGUGAAAUAUAUUGUCUUUUCCUGCUCUCUCUCUCUCUCUCUCUCUCUCUCUCUCUCUCUCUCUCUCUGUCCGUCAGUCGGGACGUCCCUUCUGCUGCUCUUCACAAUGCUGACUCAAGUGAAAACAUUUGGCUCUGUCCUCCAUCCACCCACAGUGAAGGUGAAGCCACGGCACAUGGGCAACUGUACAGCUCAAGCACCGCCCGUUUAAAAUAAUCAAGCCUCAGUGGGUGCGUGUGUGUUUGUGCGUGUAUAGAUUAUUUAAAAAAAGACAUAUUUCCUACAUCUCAUCUCCACCACUCCAAUAAAACCUCCCCCUGCAGACUGUUACCCUUCCUUGACCACUUCUUCUUCCUCCCAUCUCUGUUUUCCGCCUUCACUGCACCGUGUGUGAAUCUAAAGCAUUGCUCCUCCCCCAUCCUCACACCUGCAUGGACACUUUGCAAAAUUGUGGAACAAUCUGAAUCCUGAACUGUGGGUUGGAGAAGAAGUUCCCAACGGCUGCUCACGGGCUGGAAAAAAAAAGAAAAGCGACCUGAACAGAGGGGUCGAAGCUGCUGUUGAGCUGCUGUUUGGACGGGGAGGGCGCCAUUCGUCGGUGGGUGAGGUUACUGCUUCGUGAAUCUAGGUCAACCGCUCGCCCACAUCUCCGGAGGCCACUGGCGUUUUGAACCAGCCAGUAGAAACUGUCACUUUAUGUCAGCGGGGAAUCGGAGCGAAGGAAUUGACACGUUCUCCUGCUCCUAUAUUUGAGUUUGUGUGGUUUUAUGAGUGACGAGAGGGGGGGGGGGGGAAUACAAUACAAAAGUCAAGAUUGCUUUCUGGUGCUAAAUAACCCUCAACACACAACUUCCCAGUGUGGCACAAAACUACUAAAACAACGCUGAUGCACAAAUCAAAACAAGUGAGUGACAGGCUAUGGGUGGCCUGUGUGUGGAGAUCUCCUAGAGCCUUAGAAAGACCCGACCUACAGCGCACGCUAGGAGGAGUGAGAAAGGAAACGUUAGAGGAGAAAGAAGGGAACGGGAGCGAGGAGGGAGGACAUAGAGGGAUGGGCCGGGGGGAGUCUAUGCGACGGGGUGAGGUCUGUUGGACAAACGGCUCGCCGCUCUGUGUGUCUCUGUGUGUUUGUGCGGGCAGCCGCGGUGGCGUCUCCCUUGCUCCUCUUCCUCUUCCUCUUCCUCCCGGUGGGCGGCCUUAGCGGACGUGCAGCCCUGUGCCACGAAGGACUCGUUUCACUGGAGUCUUCGUUUCACGCCUUUUUCCUUCAUCCCGACACCAGCUCUCUCUCUCUCUCUGAGAAGCUGUGUACAUAGUAGUGCUGUAAAGCUUCGCUUGCUUGUUUACUUUUUUUUUUAACGGUAGUCAGAGUUUAGAAAGCAGUGUCAUAUGACCCACCAGAGAACGGACUACUGCCAAAUAUUUUUAUCGGGUUUUUUUAUUAUAUUUUUUAACUUGUUUGAUCUGUCACACAUUUACACAUUUGCUUAUUGUUAUAAUACAUUUAUUUCUCUUUUGCUGGUGUCUUUUAGUUUUCAAACUAGCAUUCAUGGAAAUGUUUUGCCAACAAUAGAUAUGCUUUCUUUUUGGGGGGGUGGGGGGGGGGGAUUAAUGUGCAAAGAAAUACUUGUUAUUCGUAGGGAUCUGCUCCGGUUGUACCUGUGCUUCGCUCUUCACUGUAACAGCUACGGCGACACAAACUGAUGUUUUAUUUUACCCAAAAUUACACUGUGAAUAAUUUGUGGCACUUGCAGUAAACAAAUCCUCCUUCAAUUCUUAAAUGAAUAUUCAAAAUUAGAGCAGGCAGGGCGGAAGAAAAAAACUGCAAGGACCCACCAACAGUCACAAAGGAAGCCCCCGGGUCUUUCAUCAACCCUCAACCAGGAAAAGCCAAAGGGUCCAUCCUUGACUGCCGCUGCACGUUCACUGGCUAUUCUAAAACAGGACUGGUUUCAGCAGGCCACCUCGAGGCCCAAAGAGAGCGUCACGCCGGGCUCUGCUUGGGUCCGAAGCGGGAUAAGCUCCCCCGGAGAGCAGAACAACGGUCCUCAGGGUUUUGGAUGGUCGAAACAGGUUGAUCGGCGGAGGGAGGUUUCAGUUGUUCAGAUGUUUCCACUCAAUGUGUACAAAUGAGUACAAAAAACAAUAACGUGUGACUCUGUAGAUCUUGCACUUGUCGACUACCUAUCUGUGCAUGCUUAUCACCAUUUCUACAUGUAAGACCUUUCUCAGACGUACUUUUGAAUACUAACUAUUUAUGUAAAGGUCAUGUGACAGCAAUCAUAAUUUCGGUGUAUAUCAGAUGACACACUUACUGUCUGUGCUUUCUUAAACACAAAAAAAAGAGAGCUGGCUCUUGAGAAGCAAAGAGAUAAAAGUCAGGGGAAAAUGGUCCAAAAUAGUAUGAUUCCCCUAAAAAGGAACAACAUGCCAUCAUCACUGGACCUAACAAGACUUCCUCUGUUAGUUUGAAGACUCAAGGGGGGGAAAAAAGAGGAGAAUCUUCGGACUGAUAUUGUCUCUGUGUUUAAAAUCAAAUAGACUGUGGUGAAAUUUGCACAAAACUUCUACAUGUUAAAUUUGUCAUCCCUGGGCGGCCCACUGAACACCCAUCCUCCCUGGGUUUGACAUGUCCUUUCUGUCCUCUCCUGAUUUGUCUUGCCUUCAGACUGUUCCAGCAGGGCAGCUGAACGGGCUGGUGUUGGUUUCCACAGCUGUGACUGUGCAGUGACGCAGCAUGCCUAUGUAUAGAACUCGAUUGCCCUGAUUACAAAAAAAAAACAACAACAGUGAACUCAUGUCUCUGUAACUGAAUCAGGAAAAAAUAAGUACAAUAAAGUGUCAUGUUUGUAGUUAA